GUGGUUAGAGAACAAGAGAAACGAUUGAACACUGCACAGCUCCAAGUUCACAGGCACAGCAAUUCAGCUCUUGUAAUAGUGUGUGGUUAGAGAACAAGAGAAACGAUUGAACACUGCACAGCUCCAAGUUCACAGGCACAGCAAUUCAGCUCUUGUAAUACAGUGUGUGGUUAGAGAACAAGAGAAACGAUUGAACACUGCACAGCUCCCAGUUCACAGGCACAGCAAUUCAGCUCUUGUAAUACAGUGUGUGGUUAGAGAACAAGAGAAACCAGCUGUAUAGAAACUGUUCCUGCAAGCUGAGCCACACCCCCAUGCAGUAUAAAAGCCCUUUCUGGUCACUCAAGUGUUAAGGGCUUCAGCUGAGUUACACUGCCUCAGUUCUGUGUCAGGAAACAUUCUGUCCAAACUCCAAGAUGCGCGAGAUCGUUCAUCUGCAGAUCGGCCAGUGUGGGAAUCAGAUCGGAUCAAAGUUCUGGGAGGUGAUCAGCGACGAGCACGGCAUCAACUCCUCUGGAGGGUAUGAAGGAGACAGUCAUCUACAGCUGGAGAGACUCAAUGUCUACUUUACCGAAGCACACGCUGGGAAAUAUGUUCCACGCGCUCUCCUGGUGGAUCUGGAACCAGGGACCAUGGACAGCAUUCGGAGCAGCAGAAUAGGACAGCUCUUCAAACCGGACAACUUCAUCCACGGUAACUCUGGAGCCGGUAACAACUGGGCUAAGGGUCACUACACUGAAGGAGCGGAGCUGGUGGAGAACGUGAUGGACGUGGUGAGGAACGAGUGUGAGAGCUGCGACUGUCUGCAGGGCUUCCAGUUCGUCCACUCCCUGGGCGGCGGUACGGGCUCAGGCAUGGGCACCCUGGUCAUGAACAAGAUCCGUGAGGAGUACCCGGACCGGAUCAUGAACACCUUCAGCGUGAUGCCGUCCCCCAAGGUGUCCGACACGGUCGUGGAGCCCUACAACGCCAUCCUGUCCAUCCACCAGCUGAUCGAGAGCGUGGACGAGACCUUCUGCAUCGACAACGAGGCGCUCUACGACAUCUGCUUCCGCACGCUCAAGCUCGCCACGCCCACCUACGGGGACCUCAACCACCUGGUCUCCAUGACGAUGAGCGGCGUCACCACCUCCCUGCGCUUCCCAGGCCAGCUCAACGCCGACCUCCGCAAGCUGGCUGUCAACAUGGUGCCCUUCCCCAGGCUGCACUUCUUCAUGCCAGGGUUCGCGCCGCUGACGGCCCGCGGGAGCCAGCAGUACCGCUCCCUCACGGUGCCCGAGCUCACCCAGCAGAUGUUCGACCCCCGGAACAUGAUGACGGCCUGCGACCCUCGCCACGGCCGUUACCUGACCGUGGCGGCGGUCUUCCGCGGCCCCAUGUCCACCAAGGAGGUAGACGAGCAGAUGCUGGCCAUCCAGCAGAAGAACAGCAGCUCCUUCGUGGAGUGGAUCCCGCACAACGUCAAGGUGGCCGUGUGCGACAUCCCGCCCCGCGGCCUCAAGAUGGCGUCCACCUUCAUCGGCAACAGCACGGCCAUCCAGGAGGUGUUCCGCAGGAUUUCGGAGCAGUUCUCAGCCAUGUUCCGGAGGAAGGCUUUCCUGCACUGGUACACAGGAGAGGGCAUGGAUGAGAUGGAGUUCUCCGAGGCGGAGUGCAACACCAACGAUCUGGUGUCCGAGUACCAGCAGUAUCAAGAGGCCACAGCUGAUAACGAAGAGGAGGAGGAGGAGGAGGAGGAGGAGGAAGAGGAUGCAGGGGAGGCAGAGGCAGGGACCCAAUAGAAACACAGUAUGAACAAAGUUUUAGAGAAGGGAUGGGUGGGCAAAAGGCAGCAGGUUCUAACAUUAUUAUUAUUUUAUAAGGCAGUCUCUUUACCUCACUACACAUUGGGGAUAGAGUUACGUAGCUUUUGUUCCAGCGAAGUAAAAAGCUAUUCAUGUUUCAAAAGCAGCAAUAGACAGCGUUUUUUUUUUAGAGGGUUUUUAACGACAUACAUAAUGAGACUUUCUAUUGGAAAUUUUUUUUUUUUUUUUUUUUUACUCUUUACAUUGGGGCAAUAUACCUUGUAAAUCUAGCCCGUUGUACGUACAGCAAGCGGUGGUUAUUUUGGGCGAGUAUAUUCAGGGCUGUUGUGCAAAGCCAGGUGAUAUUUUGUACAUACCAGCUGUCUAGUUUAUUUCCAAGCAAGGAGACUUGACAAAGCCAUUUUUAUUCUAGAACGCUGGAUCAAGUCUUCUGCUUGAAGCGGCCCAACUCAGUUCUAGCACGAAGCAUGAGUUAAGAACACCCCUGCAGAAGACACUGCUAGUGCAGCUUGCCUGCUCCUACACGCGUGUUUCAGCUCAUUUUCAUUUAUUUAAUGAUGUGUUUUACACAUGUGCUUACCAGGUGGAAAUCCUUGCCGCUCUCGUUGAUUUGCUAAUUUGCCGAAGACAGAAAUCAUUUGAACAUUGCUUUUCUAGUUCUUAGGUCUUUUUUGGGG